AUGGACGUACAGAGCUGGCCGGUGGGCUUUCGCUGUCUCCUCCUCUUGGCUCUCGUUGGUUCUGCUCGGAGCGAGGGCAUACAGAACUGCGAAGAAGUUCGGAAACUUUUCCAGUGGCGGCUCGUUGGAGCUGUCAAGGGGCUGCCGGAUUCGCCGCGGGCAGGACCUGAUCUUCAGGUUUGCAUAUCCAAAAAACCUACAUGUUGCACCAGGAGGAUGGAGGAGAGAUACCAAAUUGCGGCCCGCCAAGAUAUGCAGCAGGUGCUUCAAGCAUCCAGCUCCACUUUAAAGUUUCUAAUUUCUCGAAACGCAGCUGUUUUUCAAGAAACCCUGGAAACUCUCAUCAGACAAGCAGAAAAUUACACCAGCAUACUUUUUUGCAAUACCUACAGGAACAUGGCCUUAGAGGCUGCUGUUUCAAUCCAGGAGUUCUUCACUGAUGUGGGGCUCUAUUUAUUUGGUGCAGAUGUUAAUCACGAAGAAUUUGUAAACAGAUUUUUUGACAGUCUUUUUCCUCUGGUCUACAACCAUCUCAUUAACCCUGGUGUGACAGACAGUUCUCUGGAAUACUCAGAAUGCAUCCGGAUGGCCCGCCGGGACAUUAGCCCAUUUGGUAAUAUUCCCAAAAGAAUAAUAGGGCUAAUGGGGAAGUCGCUGCUGCCCAGCCGCACGUUUCUACAGGCGCUCAAUCUGGGCAUCGAAGUGAUCAACACCACAGACUACAUUCACUUCUCCAAAGAGUGCAGCAGAGCCCUCCUCAGGAUGCAGUACUGCCCUCACUGCCAGGGCCUGACGCGCAGCAAGCCUUGCAUGGGAUACUGCCUGAACGUCGCCAGAGGCUGCCUGGCACACAUGGCAGAGCUGAACCCACACUGGCAUGCGUACAUCCGGUCACUGGAAGAGCUGUCGGAUGCAAUGCAUGGGACAUACGACGUUGAACACGUGCUCUUGAACUUCCACUUGCUUGUUAAUGACGCUGUGAUACAGGCCCAUCUCAAUGGACAAAAGUUAUCAGAACAGGUAAAUAAGAUUUGUGGCCGUCCAGUAAGAACACCCACACAAGGCCCCCAUUGUUCUUUUGAUCAGAGCAAAGAGAAGCAUGGAAUCAAGGUCACUGGGAGGAGUGGUGAAGAGACUCUUGCUUCUAGACGGCAAGAAUUUAUCAACAGUCUUCGACUGUACAGGUCCUUCUACGGAGGCCUGGCCGACCAGCUCUGUGUGAAUGAAUUGGCCGCUGCCGAUGGAGCCCCCUGCUGGGAUGGAGAGGAUGUAGUGGACAGCUAUACUCAGCGUAUAGUUGGAAAUGGAGUCAAAGCCCAAUCUGGAAAUCCUGAAGUCAGAGUCAAAGGAACUGACCCUGUGAUAAAUCAGAUUAUUGAUAAACUGAGACAUGUGAUUCAGCUGUUACAGGGUAGGUCACCCAAACCUGCCAAGUGGGAACUUCUUCAGCUGGGCAGUGGAGGGGGCAUGGCUGAACAAGUCAGUGGGGACUGCGAUGAUGAGGACGGUUGUGGGGGAUCAGGAAGUGGAGAAGUCAAGAGGACGCUAAGAAUCACAGACUGUAAGUGA